AUGCUUUUAUUUACAAAUAGAAGAUUAUGGAGAUUCGCAACUCAGAAGUAUUAGAUGAUUAUAAAUAAAGAAUUUAUAAGGAUUCAACUAAAUUAUCUGAAGAGGAAAUAUAAAAAAUUCUUUUUAGAGAUGAAGAAUAAACAAUAAAUAAUGUGAAAUAGAAUGUGAAUAAUGAAGUUACAAUAGAUAAAUUGUUUGAGAAAUCUAAUAUCAAUGAAUUAUUGGAUAUCAUAUAAAAAAAGGCUUAAUAAGAGAUAAGUCCAAAAGAAGAACCAAAAAUACUUACUAGAUAAGAUUUACCAUAAAAAUUUGGUUUACCAAUAAAAAAUGUUGGUUUGGAUUUAACAGUAGAGAAAGUAGAGUAAUAAAUUUGUUUCAAUAUUAAUUUGCAGACCUCCAAAGACAGUAACAAUGAAGAUGUUUGAAAUUCUAAAAUUAAAUGAACAUACUUCUUAUUAAGAAUAUGAAGGUGCAAUUUAACAAUUUAAAGAGGGUUUAUAUGGAAAUUCAGUUAGACCCUUUUAUGAAGUAAGAAAUGAAAUGAAAGAAACAUUAAAAGAAGAUGCUAUUCCAUAUGCUUUACUGAAUGAUAAUAAAUAUAUGGAAGAAAUAAGAGAAAAUAGAUAAUUAAAUAUAUCAAUACCUGGUACAAUAGAAAAUGAACAUGCUCAUAGAUUUUUGAAAUUGAGACCUGUAGAAGAAUUUAGACAUACUCCAUUGAUACCAAUUUCUGAUAGAUAAAUGAGAGAAUAUUAAGAAAAAGUUGAAGCAUAUCAUAGAAAAGGAGUAUAUUUAGAAGUUUCAAGAGAAUAGCUUUAUUUUGCUUCAUUAAUUGCAGCAAUUUUCUAUAUAAUGUUUAGAAUGUUUUAAUGGGUUUUAAAGAAAGAAGAGGAAUCAGGUUUGCAAUUUUAGAGAUUGAAAUUAAGAAGAAUGGGAAUGGCUUAUGAGGUUGUUUGA